AUAAUACAUUAAAAGAUACAACUGCUGACGACGUUAAAUUAAUUGUUGGCAAUAAGAAUCGUCGUUCGGCAAAAACUGAACUCAUUUGUAAACGACCAAAACAAUCCUUACUUAUCAAUAAGCCAUUCGAGAAACGACGAAGAAAAAGACAACAAUCACGGAAAAAAAUACAUCUGAUCCCACAAACAAAUAAUCAACAACAUCCGAAACACAAUACACCAGUACUCAAACCAACAUAUAUAUCUAUUGAAUUGAACGCACAUAAUUUACUAUAUUUGGUACUAUUAGUAAAACAACAAGAUUUAUCUAAACAAACAUUAAUCAAUAUACAUUUAUUCAAUUCACAGCCAUGUGAGUCAUUGUUUAGAGAUGCAAGAUCGUUAAGCAGUACGUUCUCAACACUGGCCAACUUUGCCGUAAAAGAUUUUAUUGGACGUUCACAAAAAAUAUCAAUAUUAAAUCAACUGAAACAUAAUCAAUCGGAAAAAGAUUUAUCCGUUCCCAUACCCCACAAAUAUAAACGUGAAUAUUCAUUAAUAUCAUCACAUCGAUUAGAUGAAAUUGAUACAUUAGAUAUUGAACAAGUAAUAUUAAACGUGUAUGAUCAAGCAAUACAUCUUGUUAACCAUUCAAAAUGCUAG